GGGAAUGAGUGGAAAGGGGAAGUUUGGGAGGAAGGGCUCUGAGGAGGUCAGUGGGAGACGAGAGCAGGCAGACAGAGAGACGGCCAACUUGCUCGGUCUCCCUACCUCCAUCAGCCUCUGCUGAACCAUGAGCCAAACCAGGGAUUUACAGGGGGGAAAAGCUUUCGGACUACUGAAGGCCCAGCAGGAAGAGAGACUUGACGAAAUCAACAAGCAAUUCCUGGACGAUCCCAAAUACAGCAGUGAUGAGGAGCUGCCCUCCAAACUGGAAGUUUUCAAGAAGAAAUACAUGGAGUUUGACCUGAAUGGAAACGGAGAUAUCGAUAUCAUGUCCCUGAAGCAAAUGCUGGAGAAACUUGGGGUCCCCAAGACCCACCUGGAGCUAAAGAAAUUAAUUCGGGAGGUGUCCAGUGGCUCUGGGGAAACGUUUAGCUACCCUGACUUCCUCAGGAUGAUGUUAGGCAAGAGAUCGGCCAUCCUUAAAAUGAUCCUGAUGUAUGAGGAGAAAGCAAGAGAACAGGAAAAGCCAACGGGCCCCCCAGCCAAGAAAGCUAUCUCUGAGUUGCCCUGACUUGAGGGAGUGAGGUGGGCCUGAAGGGCUUCUAGUGACCCCAAUUUGGAAGAAGACAAAAUUGUGAGCCAGAGUCAAACUGUAAAUUAAAUAAAUUAUCCUCUCCUCCUCUUCCAGAUCCAGUCA